UUAACAAACCUCCCAAGCAGAGAGCUGAGAUAGAGAGACUCAGCUCAGACGACUUCCUUCCUCCAAGACUCCUUACAGACGGUCCCACCAUGCCGGGAAGAGCGAGUGACUCCCUGACUAAGGAGCAGGUAGAAGAGCUUCAGAUGGCGUUCUCCAUUUUCGACCGUGACGGUUCUGGAGAGAUCAGCACGCAGAACCUGGGGACCAUCCUGAAGCAGUGCGGCCUGAACCCCAGCAGGGACGAGCUGGACGCCAUCAUGGCGGAGGCCGAUGAGGACGGAAGCGGCACGAUGGAUUUUGACGAGUUCCUGGAGCUGAUGGCGAAACAGAUGCACCAGGACCAGUACGAGAUGGACGAGACCGAGGUUCGCGCCGCCUUCAGGAUCUUCGACAAGGACAACGACGGAUUCAUCAGCAUCGAGGAACUGAGGACCAUGGCAGACGCUUGCGGUGAGGACCUGAGUGAUGACGAGCUGAAGGAUCUGCUGGAUGACGGAGACGGAGACAGGGACGGACGGCUCGACUACGAAGAAUUCAAGGAUUAUCUUCAGUCCCUUCAGAUUAAGUGGUGAAGAAGUGAAGAUCGCUGUUCGUCACAAGCUACACGUCACAAAAAUCCGGCAUCCUGAACUCAACUAGACAUCCGUACAGAAAUAUGCACAAAACAGCUAAAUUGUCGACUUAGAGCCAACUUUGUACAGUACCGAGAAGUAUAUAGAUCUUAUCUAUGAUUUGUAUGCAGUUUGUGAUGUUCUUUGAAACAAGGAACACAAGCUAAUGCUUGUAGGUACAUCUGACAUGUUUAUCUGUGUCUUUUCUGCACUGCACACUGCGUCACUGCAUUGAACGUUUUCACUGUAUUGUGGUUGUAUGAGUGUUUUAUAGCAUAGGGUUUAUACCAUGAACAGUGGCAAAAAUUGCAGUAUAGUUGCAGGAGUUUGCAAAAACUGCUUGGACGUAACGACGAAAGGUGAACUUCGCUAACACACGCUGUGUUCUGUUCUGUCUCGUCCUAUUUUUUACGUAAUGUCUCAUUUCAUCAUGUUGUCAAUAAAGAAUGGGCGACGUUAGUUUGCUCAUGGCAAAAAA